AUGCUUCUGAAGAACAUUCUUGCCGCUUUUGCUAUUGCUGGCCUAGCUACUGCUUCUCCAGUUGAAGACAUUCAAGAGAGAGCACUAGGUGGCAAUUGUCCGGCAGGUCAAAGUCAUGCGUGGUGCUGUGCCUCUGCAUUUCCCUUCAACUUCUUCUUUAUCCAGAGUAGUCAGAAAUGA